AUGGUGGUAAUGAUUACGGAGCUGGUGAUACACACCUUCUUCGACUAUCAUGGGCUGUUGGCUUUCGCAGGUGUUGGAGUGGUGGGCUUUUUCUUCGGGACUGCAGCCUUUCAGAAUUAUUACGACAGCGUGCGCCAGCUUCAUGACCAGCUUACGAACUUCAAGCUUGAUGAAGCCAAGUGCACCUGCUGCGAAAUUGGCCACGAGGAUGAGGAGGAGCCUCAAUGUGACCGGCAGGUGGUCACGGAAUGUGUUCAUCGCUGGUUUGGGUCCGUGGAGAGUUUUGAGAAGGUUGUUCGCACAACCGUGUCCGAUGGGUUGACGAGCCAGCUCGGCCAGUAUUCCUUCCCGUACCGCUGGCUGCUUGGUGCGACAAUGCCCAUUCUUUGGGCGCAAUUGGACAUGGUCGCAGCGAGGUUCAAAGCUGGAGACAAUCACGGUGGCGUGGUUGCCUUCAUACUUGCUUUGGCAAUGUGGCUGGUUGCCUUCCCUACGGUUUUUGUGUGCUGGGUGUGCAUGGCAUCAAUGCUGCGCCGGACGAAGUAUUGCAUUCUGGACUUCCUCCUUACACUAUCGGCGACAAUCAUCACUGUUGGUCUUGCCGCAGGCAUGCACUUUUACCAGUUGAAGUGUAAUCACCUGUUUCACGACGAUCAUCUUUCCGGUGUCCUGCUCUUCUUCGGGACGUUUCUCGCUGCAGCACUUGUGACUUGGAAUCCCUGCAUUCUUUCCUGUGGCUACCUUAGUGCCAGCAGCAGCACCAAGCGAUCGCCACAGGGUGUGAUUCCCAGCAGGUGA